UUUGUUCAUUUGUAGGAUAAGGGUUCAAAUGAAAUUGUCCUUAAAGCCAUGGGGGGAGCUAUCAACAAGACUGUGAUGAUUGCUGAACUAAUCAAGAGAAGAAUUGCUGGUCUCCAUCAGAACACAUUAAUUGGAUCUACAGAUAUAACCGACAUGUGGGAGCCGCUGGAAGAAGGCUUGCUUCCCCUAGAAACAACUCGACAUGUUUCAAUGAUUACAAUCACCUUGUCCAAGAAGGAGUUGGAUACAUCCUCCACUGGUUACCAAUCACCUAUUCCAGCUGAUCAAGUAAAGCCGUGGACUGAAUUUGAGUAUGAGGGAGAUGGUUCUCCUGGCAUACGAGGCAGAGGACGUGGUGGUCGAGGAAGGGGGAGAGGAAGAGGAAAUAACAAUGGGUUUCGUGAAUACAAUGGAGAUGGAGGUUGGGAUGGUGGGCGUGGGUAUGGUGGCAGAGGCAGAGGCCGUGGAAGGGGUCGCGGUUUCCGUGGGCGUGGAAGAGGAGGUUAUGGUGGUGAUAUGCAACAUGAAUCAGGUGGUUACAAUGACUAUAGUGGUGGUGAUGGAGCACCUCCUCAAGGCCGUGGGCGUGGUCGUGGAAGGGGAAGGGGCCGUGGUCGUGGUUAUGAUUAUAGAUCAGCAGAUGGGCCUGUCCAGGCAGCUGCUUAAGCCCUAGAUCAGGUUGAGGUAAGAAAUUUGGUUAGAGUGGAAAAAGAAACUCUGGGUGCCUGCUCUGCUAUUCAUGUUUAUUUUUAGAAGAAUGGAUUUCACUGGAUAUAUUUCUAGGCAAUGUCAAUGGGUUGUUAGUGGUUGAGCCACUGCGAUAUUCGUUUGUGGUAGCUUUUUGUAGGUAGGCUGGUAGGGUUAUUUUCUCAUUUGUUGAUGACAAGAUAUCCUUGUGUUUUAUAUGUACUCGGAAAAAUUGUACAUUUUCUCCGAUGUUUUUUUGUAGGAAUAAUAGAGCAGUACAUUCUUUUA